CAAAUAUCGAAUAGUAUGGCAUCACAGUGUAACAUAGGUUUAGAAAGUUUGACAAUUCGCACGGCAUAAAAGUCCGGCAAAAAUAAGAUAUUAUGUCUACGGAGGAUUUCUAUCUACGUUACUACGUAGGUCACAAGGGCAAGUUUGGACAUGAAUUCCUGGAGUUCGAAUUCCGACCAGACGGUAAACUGCGCUAUGCCAACAACUCAAAUUAUAAGAACGACACAAUGAUCCGAAAGGAGGCCUUUGUGCAUCAGUCUGUAAUGGAAGAAUUAAAAAGAAUAAUUUUAGAUUCAGAAAUUAUGGCCGAAGAUGAUUCGCCUUGGCCACCACCGGAUCGAGUGGGCAGACAGGAACUGGAAAUUGUCAUUGGCGAUGAACAUAUAUCCUUCACAACAUCGAAGACCGGCUCUCUGGUUGAUGUCAAUCGGUCAAAAGAUCCUGAAGGUCUACGUUGCUUCUAUUAUUUGGUGCAAGAUUUAAAGUGCUUAGUAUUUUCACUAAUUGGACUGCACUUCAAAAUUAAGCCUAUAUAAUAUUUUAAUUUAGUAGUACUCUCUUUACGUAUUUAAUUUUCCAUUUUAUAUUUGCUUACAUCUCAAUAUAAAUGUAAACUGUAAACAUC